CCGGCCGCGCCCCACGCCAGGCAGUGGCGUCUCCUGCCGGGGGAGGCCUGGGGGGACGCGGCGCGGCGGCCUCGGGGGGCCCGGCUGGAGAUGGCGGCCUGCGGGUGGGCGGGGGGCGCCGGGGGCCGCUACGGGCCGGACUGAGCCGUGCCGGGUGUCCCGGCGCCUCGUUGCCGGCUCUGCGUGAGGGGCCGGGGCCCGGCUCCCCGCGGCGGUGCUGGGCUGGGGCGGCGCGGGGGGGGCGGCGGUAUCGCGAGCCUAAAACCAAGUGCAGAGUCACGCAGGCCGAGCGGCUGCUGGGCCCGGCCUGCCCGGCCGGCCGGUGCCCGCCCCGGGGGGACGGGGCCGCCGGGGGUGAUGAGGCCGGGCACCAGUGGCUCUCUGCGGGGUGCAGGAGCGGGAGCAGGGAGAUCGGCGUUACCGCAGCGGCUUCUCGGGGUUAAAAGGUCCCUGACCCUGUGAGCCGUGAUGACAACCGAAGAAGGAAGCGCUGGGGGGAGGUGGUUUCGUUUUCAGGUGCCUUUAGCACGUAGGCUCCUUGUCAUUAGCGCAGAUCUGUGGAGCGUCCUGUCUUCAUCCUGGGUUCGCUGUAGCUCUUCUGGAUCACCCUGAAAUCCUGCAGGCAGAUGUCUUCAGGUGCGUUAUUUCCAAGCCUGGUGCCAGGCUCCAGGGGCUCUUCAAGCAAAUACCUGGUGGAAUUUCGGGCAGGGAAGAUGUCCCUGAAAGGCAGCACUGUAACCCCAGACAAGAGAAAAGGCCUUGUGUACAUCCAGCAGACUGACGACUCCCUCAUUCACUUCUGCUGGAAGGACAGGACUUCGGGCAACGUCGAGGAUGAUUUGAUUAUUUUUCCUGAUGACUGUGAAUUCAAGAGGGUACCUCAGUGCACUACUGGCCGAGUGUAUGUAUUGAAGUUCAAGGCAGGAUCAAAACGACUCUUCUUCUGGAUGCAGGAGCCGAAGACAGACAAGGAUGAAGAACACUGCCGUAAAGUGAACGAGUAUCUCAACAAUCCACCAAUGCCUGGGGCUUUGGGUGGAAACGCCAGCGGAGGCCACGAGCUCUCGGCAUUAGGAGGUGAGGGUGGCUUGCAAAGCCUUCUUGGAAACAUGAGCCAUAACCAGCUCAUGCAGCUGAUCGGACCAACGGGCUUAGGAGGACUUGGUGGGCUGGGGGCGCUGACGGGUCCUGGGCUGGCCAGUCUGCUUGGAAGUGGGGGACCCCCGACCAGCAGUUCGUCGUCCAGCUCUCGCAGCCAAUCGGCUGCUGUGACGCCAUCUUCCACGACUUCUUCUACACGUGUAACGCCUGCCCCGUCCGUUCCUGCGGCUGCAUCGGUGACCAGUCCGAGCCCCGUACCAAGUUCGGGUAAUGGAACCAGCUCAGCCACGAGCCCAACCCAGCCCAUUCAAUUGAGUGACCUUCAGAACAUUUUAGCUACUAUGAAUGUGCCAUCUGGAGCAGGAGGACAGCAAGUUGACCUGGCAACUGUUCUGACUCCCGAGAUAAUGGCUCCCAUCCUGGCCAACGCUGAAGUUCAAGAACGGUUGAUGCCUUACCUCCCCUCAGGGGAAUCUCUGCCGCAGACUGCAGAAGAGAUUCAGAACACCCUGACGUCUCCUCAGUUUCAGCAGGCCUUGAGCAUGUUCAGUGCUGCCUUAGCUUCAGGACAGCUUGGCCCACUCAUGAGUCAGUUUGGCUUACCCGCGGAGGCCGUAGAUGCAGCAAAUAAAGGGGAUGUAGAAGCGUUUGCCAAAGCAAUGCAGAACAGUGUCAAGUCAGACCAAAAGGAAGGAGACUCUAAGGACAAGAAAGACGAAGAGGAAGAUAUGAGUUUAGAUUAAGUUAUUUGCUCUUCCUUACAGAUAUUCCUAGAUACUAACUUAAGCAACUGCAGUAGGAUUACUAACUUCAUAUUAUGCUUAUAUAAAUCUACAAGUAAAGGAAUUUUCUUUAUCUGC